AUGCGUCUUUUUCCAUCCUUGCUGGCGACGGUGCUGGCUCAUCAUGACCAUAAGAAACCGAACCCUUUCUCCGAUGAGGACUUGGACAAGUACGGAGAUCUUUCGAGAAAGCAAUGGAAACAAAUCUACUCUGACCUCGAUCCGAGUUUUUCCAAAAACCCGGAUGAGUUCUUCAGAAAAUUCAAGCGGCAACGUUUUAACACUGGACGAUCUGACAAACGAAGACGACCAAAGUGGAACAACAAUAACGGAGCUACAGCGAGAAAUUACAAAUAUCCAUCAAAUGCAUGGGAUCUAUCAGGAGUAUGCCCUGAUGAAGCAGCGGUUACUGAAGGUGGCGAAACUUGGGAUUACCCGUUCGGAGAUGUUACGAUCGCCAACAGAACGGUUAUUGUAGAUGCCGAUGUCAAUACUGGAGUCGUAAAGGUCGAUGAAGGAGGAAAGUUGAUUUUCAAAGAUCUUGGCGACGGUGCUGAUCCAAUCACCUUCCGUGCGCUUGCUUUGAAAUCUGAAAACGGUGGCGAAAUUUGGGCUGGCUCAAGAAGCUGUCGAUAUCAAGGACGGCUUGAUAUCACUCUCUACGGGGAUGAGGACGCAAUGGACUCUGAUAUGGGUGUAAAAUAUUUACACGCAGAUGAAGGUGGCGUCAUUGAACUUCACGGAAAAGAGAAACAUCACUGGACUCACCUCGAAGAACAUCUUUUCAAAGAUUCUGUGGCUGCUGAACAGCUUCAGUGGCUCCAAGACAGGACGAAUGACGACGCCUUUCCUGACAUCGACAAUCGCGCUGGAUUUAGAAUGGUUUUCCAUGUUUUGUCAAAAGAGGGAGACUUGAAGGACACUUUUUCUGUUUCCGAUGGUCAAACAGAUGGGCUUUUUGAUUUUCUAGCGCAAUUCAAUGAUGAGGAAAUCAUUCUCUUCUUCACUGAUUUCAAAUAUGAGCUGACAGACACCUUCGUCAAUAUACUUGCAGCACGAGGAUUUCCGGCGAGUCAUUUCGAUACGAUCUUUGCAUCUGACCACUCAAAAGUCUACAGUCAAGUUGCUGGUGUGCUUAGCUUGGUAGAUAUGAGUUCUGACAUGAAAUUUCUCAGUCCACCGGAUGGGAAGAUGGUGCAUCCCAUGGUUGACACAGUCGGCCCGGUCGCUUUAGGUGGCGAGAAGAGUGGUUUCGAUUUUCAAUUCGACUACUCUGCUACUUGGAGCUUAAAAAAUGGAAACGAUCCACUUUCAGUCAAUGCUGAUACAUUCGAAAGCUGGCUCCUUGAUCUUGAAGCGUUUGCCUGGGCAAAACAGCUGUUCAAUAGCAUGGAGACAACAGUGAAAUAUUCAGAAUCUUCACAGGGAGAAGCUCAAAAGAUUGUCCUUACUGAUGAUGUUAGUAGCUGGGAAGUUGGCGAUGUGAUUGUUGUAGCUGCCACUGGAAAAGAUCCACAUCACUCGGAGCGAUUCACGAUUCAGGAUUGCCCCGAUUGUCUACCAAAUGAAGUCCUCCUCGACAGACCAGCAAAUUACACUCACUGGGGUAGGAUAGACAGUGAAACUGGCGUAGAUCAACGAGCAGAGGUCGGUCUUCUUUCGAGAAACAUUCGGUUCUUUGGAGAACUUGAAGAUACUGGCUGUGUCUAUGCUCGAACGAGAGAGCAGUUGGAUAGCGAUUCUCCUAAUCGGCAGAAUAACUGGUGCGAUUAUUUGAACGAAAUGAGCGGCGAAGACACUGAUCGACAUGGAGCUCAUAUGGUUGGAACGAAGCGAUUCAAAAACUUCCACGUUUCACACAUUGAAAUUUUCAAUGCUGGUCAACCUCGAUUAGCGCGAUAUCCGAUGCACUGGCAUCAUGCUGGCUAUGUUGGUGAAAUGGGAGGUUAUCAAGAUCCUUCUUCUGCCAUUUCUCUUUCGAUUCACGAUUGUUUCUCUCGAUUCGUUACCGUGCACGGUACACACGAAGCCAUCGUUCAGAACAAUGUUGGACAUUUGACUCACGGUCAUGGCUAUUUCCUCGAAGAUGGGUUUGAAACUUACAAUCAUGUUAUAGGUAAUCUCGGAAUCGGUGUCAAGCCUGGCAUCAUUUUGCCAAGUGAUCGCCAUUUCUCGAUCUGUGCGGAUACAAACGAUCAGCUCGAAGGAUACAUCCCAGAUGCGACUAUUGCUUGUGAGGGCUUAUCUGUUUUCUGGAUUGCUCAUCCACACAACUACAUCCAUGAUAAUGCGGCUGUAGGAGGAAAUGCUGGAUUCUGGGUAUUUACACAUACUGCAAGCGACAAGUACGGAUACGAAGCAAUUCCAGUUGAUCCGGAUACUGGCCGACGGGAGUGGCGCAAUAACAAGGCUUCUGGUGCUUACUGGGGUUUCGUAUUCGACUGGCACGUUCAGGACGAAGGAGUUAGCGAGGAGUUUCCCCAGGCGCAGUUCUCGAUGCUCCGAGACGGACCAACAUAUGCAGCUAUGAACGAAGAAUGGGACAAUGAGAACUUUGACCCAACUUCUGAUGACCGAGCUAUUGCGGAUAUGCGACCAAACAUUUGGACCUCGCCAAAUGGAAAUUGGGCCGAUCAAUACUUUGUUGGGUUUAAAAUGCAUCACAUCAACAAUAAAAACACUAUUGCUGGAUCUUCGAAUCACCUUGAAGGAUGGCAAGUGUCUGACUGCCGAAAAGGCUAUGAAUUCAAACAGACCGCUAACUCGAUUGGAGCAACUCGAAGCAUCAAAGAUUCGAUUUUCGUCGGCCACUCUAAAAACACCGGGCAUCAACGAUGUGAGCGUCUCAGAGACGACGCUUCUAACCAGAGAGUUUCUAUUGAUCUUACCACUCCUAUUACUUGUCCGUCGGGGCAACAAGACUCAGGCCCCUUCUAUCCGAAGCCGAACUCUUUCGACAAUUGGUCUUAUCAUUGGUACAAGCCGGAGGGUGGUGUUUAUCGACAAGGUAUCACUCGUCAAGACGAGCCAAAUCCUGCCAUCACAUUUGAAGAUUCUCUCAACCCUUCAUUUAUCGAAAAUAACCGUUUCUACAACUUCAAUUCGAAACAAUCUGGAGACACCGAAGCUGUAAGAUCAAUCUUUGCUCCUAGAGAAAGCGACGGAGAAAACUUUUUCCAACUGAUGGAAAAUUACAUUAUCAAGAACAAUACCUACGUCAAUGUCGAUCGUGUUUUCCCGUUGACCGUUGAGGAUAGUGAGAAUGCCUAUGGUGUGGCUGAUCUCGAUGGAGAGAUAACAGGAGCACCCGGUUACGUUUUUAAUACACGAGUCUCGACAGUUUCUACCGACUGCGAUGUCGUGGACAUCAAUGAUGAGUUAGAGCAAACGAAUGUCAAGUGGUGUCCGUUUUCCACGAAAACAGGAAAGUUAUUGCUCGAGCCUCGAAAUGACGAUGAUGUUAUUGCAAAUACUGGCCAACGAGGAUACAACGUGCAGAACUAUAAAAACGGGGAAGUAUUUUCUCUUAAUUCAGAUCAGAUUAACCGAGGAGACGCGGAAGUUGUUAUUGAGCCCUUCCAAACGUAUUCAAUUCAAACAUUGAACGCCGCGCCCGCAACGCGAGUUGUGAUCAGAAUGACAAAUGCUGGAAAGGAUGAUUGGUAUAGAAUUUCCUGGUGCGCGGGAACGAAUGCGACUACUGAAAUUCAAACCGGAAGGAAGUUCAUCAGAGAUGACAUGGAGACUUACGAUGUCCGACGAAAUAAUAACGAGGUCCCAAUUGCAACAGUCGCAAGUUUUGAUGAGCUGAACUCAGAAGCUGCAACAGAUGGGGAGAUCAUUAUUUUUGAUGACCAUGCAUCAAGCGGCUGGAUUCAUGCAAGAAUCAAUGUGGUUUCAGAUCGAACAGCUGGUGGAACCCUUGUCGAUGAUCUUGGCGAAUCGUAUUCAAUUGCAGCGAGCGCGUUCUCUUAUGAUAACGGACUUAGAGCGUCUCAGUGGCAUUUUAACCCGGCAGAUGGAUCAACUUUCGUGGAAAUUAGAGAUAAUAGUGGCAUUGAUCAUGGUGUUGUCAGCUGCCCUGCAUUUGAUGACGGGUCAUCCCUCGAAACAAACGAGCUCACUCUCAGAAUGGAGUAUUUGCUCGAACAUCCCGAGAAAGUUACUCCUCGGUUUUUGUUCGAGCUUUAUACGUAUAACUACCAGAGAACAUUGUUCGAAAAGGUAUUGAAUGACAAAACUGACGAUGCAAUCAGGAAAGUUAAAGCUGGAUUAUGUGGAGCUGUAAAAUAUGACGAGGAGAGACCAAAUCUUGGGAUCUUCAUCGAGCUUCUGAACAUCUUUGACGAUGACUUCUUGUCCGAUAAAUCUUUUGUUGAAACAAGAAGAGAAGAAUGGUUCCUGAAUCCAGACAAACCAAUUAUGAAUAUGCCAUGGAUCCUCCCAGAGACUUGGAAGGCAGAGGAAGAAGCAUUUAGAGAAGGUGAUAGAGAUCGCGAUAGAAAUCACAUCCCAGAACCAAAUGAGGAGAGAGUUGAACUUUGCGGAACAGGACUUGUUCUUCGUGAACUAGCUAUGUGGAGCGUCUUGUUCAAUAAUUGGGAAUGUCUUGAGAUGAUUCGUGAUCACGUUAAAGAUGGCUUGGAAAUUGACGAUAAAUACUCUGGUCCAGCGGUCGCCAGCGUUCUCGGCUUUGACUUGGGUAUCGCUCUGAUUUUAGAAAACUGCUUGAUUCAAGGAGAAAUUUACAUGACUAACUCAAUGUCGGUUUUGAAGGGAUCGUUUCGGGAACUUCAGGAAGAAAUCGAAGAGUACACUGUCAAACUUGUUGAUGCUUGCUACUCAGUGGAUAGCGAACUUUGCUCCUACUUGAUUCGUGUUGAGAACCGCCACUGGGGAAAACGAACUGCUUUAGCGCUUGCAGAAAAGGCCAGGUUGAAAAAGUUCAUGUCCACACAUGCAGUGCAAGACUUGUUAGAUCAAAUCUGGACAGGUGCGAUGGAACCGGCAUCAAAUUUCACUCUCUUCGUUUGUACGAUCUGCCCACUUCUUGUUCCAUUCUUCAUGAAGUCGUCGAAAAAUCCAUUUAUCGACAGAAUCCCAUGGCUCAAAUCAGGCUUUUGUUGGUCUGGACAACAGUAUCCGAAUCCAGUCAGCUCAAGGCAAAACGUUGGAACAAAUAAGGGCUACGAUCCAGGCUUUCUGAUGAUGAUAGCAAACUACUGCACCUCGCCGCUAUUCACUAUGAUAGUUGAAGCCGUUUUCUACCUAGGUUUUCUAGCACUCUUCGCAUUCGUCAUUCUACAGGAAUUUUGUAUCAGAGUUGGUUUCUACGAGUACAUUCUCAUUGCCUGGAUGAUCAGCAUUCAAGCAGAACGAAUCAGCAAGUUUAUAGCGAUUCCACAUAUGUCCAAGAGGUCGAAGAUUCGGCUUAUUCUACGAGAUCCUUGGAAUAUUCUCUACUCGUUCUCUUUCGUCUGUUUUGUCGUGGGACUUAUAUUUAGAACUGUCGGCGUUAUAUCAUACGAAACUAUUUAUGAAAACAACGUCCAAGCUUUCAAGGACUUGGAGAUAUACGAUGAAGAAGGUAAAAAAAUCGGAAUUGAUCUUUUUGACGAGGGCGAUGGCAACUGGACUAAAUUCAAAGAAGACUAUAAAUUUUCCUCAAUUUCUGCGUUCCUUUCUAACGAUGCAAAUCCGUUGUACAAUGAAACUACAAUUUCAAGAGCAGCUAGAGACUUUGUAGACAACAAUUACGGCAUGUAUCCCCUUAAAUAUAUCAGCGCGAAGAAGGAUCAUCCCGGAAUCAUAAAUUAUUGUCCUCUUGGAAUUCUCACAAAUGAUAUUUUCGUGGACGCCUCUUUUAUGAAAUGGGCGCAGAUCUUCUAUGCGAUGACAUUCGUUGCGAUGUCGAUGGCAUUUCUUCAGUUCUACAACAUUCAUCGCCGACUUGGGCCACUUGUUAUUUCUAUCAUGGGGAUGAUGGUUGAUUUAAUUAUGUUUAUCUUCAUUCUUGCUAUGUUUCUGGUUCCCUAUGGUGUUGUGACAACCGGUUUAAUGCAUCCAAACGAACAUAGGCUCGCAGCUACUAUGGAAGGUGUUUUCUUCAAGCCUAUUCUAAACCUGUACGGUGAUUUAAUCAUGAGCGAAUACACAGAGUACGAGCACAACGAUGACCUCCAAGGCUGUGUCAGUGCAGAAGAUAUUCGCGCGAUAACGACCACUAAUGACAUAUACGGAGGCUUUGGAUACGUUCAAAUGACUGAACUGAUGAAAAACUUUACACACGAGUGGGAAAGGGAGCUAAAACUCUGGAAUGAAUGCACGCCAUCGCACAUGUCGCAGCUUACCGCUUUUUAUUUGAUGAAUUAUGAUUGCGAUUUUGGCGAAGAAUCGGGUAUUGACGAGAUCACCUGUGAAUUUCAUAAGGGAAAGAAUACUGAAGACGAAGAUGGAGUGAUCAAGAAAGCCGGAAUCAAAGAAACAGUCACAUUGAUAGAUAUUUUUGGCGAGUGCUUCGAUCGAGUUCGCGUUUUGAAAGUUGAUAACGAUUUGAUAAAUAAAACCGAAAAAUAUGAAACUACUUACGCAUAUUUGUUCGACGAUCCUGGUGGCCCAUUCGAUGACUUUAUCCAGAAAAUCGACGGAGCAAAUAGCUCUCAUUACGACUACUAUGUCUUCAGUCCUUGGGAGCAAAUUUUACCUGAGGAUAAGGAUGAUCAAAAUAAUGCAACAACUGCAGCCCCGGAAAUCACUCUAGAUCCGUCAACUGAAAAUGUGACAACUGCGGAGGCAACAACUGAUGAAACUGAAUCUGCUCAAAAUGGAACAGAUUCUGCAGUUUUAGAACUAGAAACCGAGUUGGACAAGGCAAAGAAUGAUGCUGUUAAAAUAAUUACCGAUAAGCUGCGAAGAAAUGCGUUAAAAGACAUCAUAGAAAUAUUUCCAGUCCCAAGCAUUUAUACGUUCAACAAUUCAUAUAUUGACGAUGGAGUUAAGAAAGAAGAAAUUAUUCCAACGAAUGUAGGCAUCGUUUCAGAGAGACUAAAGCUGAACAUCUUUGAGAGAAGAAUCACGAAGGAAUUGGACAUUCAAUUUAAUGAUGUUCUCCCUGACUGCAAUGCUGGCUCGUGCUUUGGGAGCGAAGCUAUUGUUUUAGGAGCUUUGAUGACUUACUCGUUUGAGAACGACUACAAAAGCAAACUUGGAAAUAAUUACAACUUCAAGAAGAAAAAUUUUCCUACUCUUGCUGGAAUGAAAGACAGAUACAUUCAGCACAAAGAUCUGACAGUUGACAUGUUGCUGCUUGAGUUUUUUCACGACGAUGAUAAAGAUUAUGUCGCGGUCGAGAGUGGAGACGAAGAAGAAGAAGUAGAUGAGUUAGAUCAAAUUGAGGAGCUAGAUCAAGGAAUGAUUUCCAGCAACGGCCUUUUGCUUUUCUAUGAAAAGAAAUUCAGCAGAUGUCCAGAGCGAUAUUGGAUCAAUACACUUUUCCUCGGACUCUACAUGCUCGUGGCGAAUGUUAUGCUCGUCAAUCUUCUUGUUGCUCUGUUCGCAACAACUUAUGAAAAUGUCCAAGAAGAUGCCGAUCAAAUUUGGAAGCUCAAAAGAUUCGAUGUCGUCAUGGAAUACCUUCACAAGGAUCCUAUUCCAACGCCAAUUGCGUCAAUUUACCAUAUCUUGAAGAUCUGCAAAUAUUUCCUCUACUCUCUGAUGGCAAGCAAGAAACACAGAACAAUUGAGAUCGUUUGUUGGCCGAGAGUUCCUGGAGAUCAUGCCGUCAGUUUGAACAAAUUCCCGCUCGAAUGUUACCCAAGAGCCGACGAAAGGCAAGGAGACAACACCCUCGAUGGAUUGAUUAAACAAUGUAUCGCAUCUCAAAACACACAGGUCGAAAUUUCCAGACAAGAGGAUGAAGUUGAGGAAGAACCCGAAAUAGUCAUUGCAGAAGUCCAAAGCAAGAUCGAACGUCUGCGAAACAGCGUUAUCGAGCUUGCAAACAUGACCAGGUUGAAAAACAAGGUUUACCCGAGCGUCGUUUACGAGGCGGAAAACUGA